AUGGGUCUCUCCGGCAGAAAAACAAAGCAGCGCAUUCCAAAUGACCCGCGCAACCUGAACUGGGCAAACGAUGCAAACAAGUUCGGCGCCGCGUACCUCGCGAAGUUCGGCUGGGACUCCUCACAGGGCCUCGGUGUAGACGGAGACGGCCGCAAGCAGGCGAUCUCCGUCACGCAGAAGCUGGACAUGCUCGGCAUCGGCGCGGACCACCGCAACAGCCAGGAGGGCCUUGCGUGGAAACAGAACAAGGAUUUUGAGAACUUGCUCAAGCGGCUGAACGCUGCGAACGGCACGGUGCAGGAGGAGGAAGAGGUCGCGAUGAAGGUGGACGGCUUCGUGCGCGCCGGGCCUGGGGCGGGUGCCGGCACCAUGCAGGACACGGAGGAGGCGGAGGAGGGCUCGUCGUCCGACGGAGACGAGAAAAAGUCGAAGAAGAAGCGGAAGAAAGAAGCUAGAGAGGAUGACGGGGGGGAGCGAAAGAGGAAACGCAGAAAGGGCAAGUCCUCCGGAGACCACUCGGACGCUGAAGAGGAAAGCAAGAAGGACAAGAAGAAAAAGAAGAAGCAGGAAAGCUCAGGCGAGAGCACACCCGCCCCCACCUCGCAGAGCAGGGCGGCCGUCGUGCCUGCUGUGCAUCCCGCCGCUGCCCCGACGAAGUCGAAAGCACCGCGCCCCCAUCGCGCCAGGCACAUGGCGUCCAAGAACCUCGCCUCCAAGUCCGCCUCCGCCAUAGCCGAGAUCCUCGGUAUUGCGCCCGACCCCAGCACUGCGCCCUCCGCCGCCGCAUCCGGCUCCGCGACGCCCUACUCCGGCUUCUCUUCCACGCCCUUCCCAUCCACACCUUACGAGCCCGGGCCCAGCACCUCCGCCUCUCCCACACCCGCGCCCGGCCCGACAAAGGAGGAGCUCAAGUUGCAGGAGCUCACCGUCUCGAGCAAGAGCGUCAUGGACUACUUCAAGGAGAAGCUCGCCGCAAAGAGCAAUGCGGCCUCGGGCGCGGCUACCCCUGCCUCCCCCGUGACCCCGCGGGAGGAAGAGCUCGAUGAUUACGCGGACCGCCCGCGCAUCGGGCUGGGCGCGUCGCGCCUGCGCGUGGAGACCACCGUCGAGGAGGCGCAGGAAGUGCGUGGCGGGCUUGGCGGGAUCGGGAGCGGGUCGCGCAUGCAGUUCGCGGCGAUGUUCGCGAAGGCAUCUACCACAGCUACGGUCACAACGGAGGUUGUCGCCGUACAAUCCGCGGAGGAGGUCGAGACUGCCCAGGUUGACGCGCCGGAAACGCGGAAGGAAAAGAAGUCCAAGAAAGAUAAGAAGGACAAGAAAGGGAAAGCGAAGGCGGGGGCAGAGGACGAGGACGCCGCGGACGCCGCACUAGAGGCGGCCGACGGGGACGAGAAGGCGGAGCGUAAGAGGCGGAAGGAGGAAAAGCGGAGGAGGAAGGAGGCUGAGGCACUAGCGGCGCCGGUGCUAGAACCAGCGGACGCGGACGAGAAGCAGGAGCGCAAGCGGAAAAAGGACAAGAGGAAGAGCAAAGGAGACAGCUAG